CUGUUCCUUGCAAUUGACAAAUGGGAUGUGGUUGAUAGUAUAUGCGCCGACGGUAUCGAUAGGGUCACAUCUUCAAUUGCAAGAGAGCCGAGGUUGCGCAGGGAAAAAUCAAUGAAAAAUCAAUCCAGCCGGAAAUAUAGCCUUGUUCAGUCCGUUAUUCAUCUCGCAGGUUUACUGUGCUGA